AUGAACGCAGAACUUUGUGAACAGGAUAUGAAAUCUACUUCCAACGUAAAAUCUAUUUUUCACGUAGAACUGACUAAUCAAGUACUCCAGAGUGACGCAAAUGAAGAAAUAGCCGAAUCAAGUAGCCAACUUCAAGACUCUGCAAAUGAAGAUAUAAACAUUUCUAAUGAAAUUGUAAAUCUUUGUGUUGGUUAUGUCUUUGAAUUAUGGGAAGAGAUCGAUAAGAUUAUAAAAACCUACGGCAAACGAGAAGGAUUUGGCGUUGUUCGAAAAAGAUUAGAGCUACAUCCAAAGGGUCAUAUAAAGCAUCGUAGUUAUAGAUACGAGUUUAGUGACCGUUCUCAACCAAAAAAAAAAGUUGACAUUCAUAAUCAUCACGAUCGUAAAUUGAAAUGA